UACACUUUAUGAGCUAGCCGUCUUCUUAGAUCCUCGCAUUUCUACAAUAUUUCAAAUCAGCCAUGGCACAAGCAAAUAGCAAAAUCACUCUCAAGCUACUCAUCGAUGCUCGCAGCAACAAAGUGCUCUUCGUCGAGGCUGGUAAGGAGUUCAUAGAUUUUAUGUUCAGCCUUCUCACUCUCCCACUUGGCUGUGUCAUCAAGCUCCUUUCCCCUACCAACAUGAUUGGAUCCAUCGGAAAACUUUAUCCUCUGCUUCUUGGCGCCGAACCCGUUACAGAACUAAAGCUGGUGAUGUCCUAUGAAGUCCAUUUCGUGGCGCCAUAUAUGUAUGGUUCACCUUCUUCUGGAGUGAAUACAGGAGAGAGCGUUGAAGGCUUUGUAAAGGGAGUGAUCACUUAUAUGAUUACAGACGAUAUGGAAGUAACACCAAUCUCUGCAAUUUCCAGCAUCACUUCAAUCAAUCGCUUUAGCAUGAACAAGGAAAUCCAAUUAGAGGAAGAAGUGGUCGACAUCGGCAUGGAAGAGGGACUUGCUUUGCUGAAGGCAUAAUUGGAUUCUCCCACUGUGCUGACUGAUGUUUUCUGUUCAUCCAAUAAGAAAGCAAAAGCUUCUUCGUCUUUUGCAGAGAUCGAUGAAGG